AUGACGACCUUCUGGGGCAUCUUCACAUAUGUGGCGAUCCCGCCGGGAUUCGUCGUACUGCUGAUGUUUCUGAGCGACGUCCCCAUUUUGAUGCAGGUGGCCUCGAAGGUGAUGCGAGCGCCUUCGCCGGUGACGCUUGGCAACCUUCGGCUGAACGUUGCCGUCUUGAUGACAGCAUUCUGCAGCAUCCUCUUGGUGAUCACCUACGCAAGUGUGCAGCGUGCACAAGCAAAGACGCAGAAGAUCGGAGCCCUGGAGCGAGAGACCUCGAACCUGUUCUAUGUGGAGCGGAACAAUUGGAUUUCCCUCCUGGCCGUGACACUUUGGCUCAGCGCCUGGAGACUGGAGGUCCUCUAUCGCCAGCACCCACAGCGUCCAGCCUUCUCUCUGAAUCUGAGGCCGUCCAAGGCUGUGUGGAUCGGGGUUGGCAUCGCCGCCUUGCUGCUGGCAGAUCUACCGCUCUGCCGCCUGAACUACCAGUUCCAGAUCUACUCGUACGUCACGCCGGGCAAGGACAAACUGCAGGCAUCGCCCCUCGCCGCCGAGUGCAGUGGCGUCUAUGCAAACGAAGGGGGGAAGUGCAGCGAGUUUUGUCAAGAAGUGCGACUCCUCUCAGAGGAGCGCAUGGCUUCGGUCAUGUUUGCGCGCAGGUGGCAUGUUCUCGGCCGGUGGUCUGCGGAGGUCUUCGACAUGGCACGAGAUGUACAGCAGGAUUCCAGCCACGUGGAUCAGCUCUUUAAGAAGAAGGCCUGCGUGGACGUCCUGAAGAGCGUCGACAAGAGCAACGACAUGGUGAACGCAUUUUGUUUGGUUCUCGCAGGUGUAGCAGUGCUGGUAGCGUUUGCCGCCUUCUCGCAAGGGUUCGGCGACACAGUCGAGACGAACCUGCAUAGGGACUGA